GCUAUCUUGACGCGCAUUAAAAUAAAUCAACAAACAUUUUUUGGUUUAAAAGUUUAAAUGCAUUGAUUACAAAUCAUGAUUUGCCGUUUGUGCCUAAGUAACAACGUUCCGGAUUUUGAUACGAUCGACAUUUUUGAGGCAAUGGGGGUAUCCCUGAAUGUGGCCAAUAUAUUGGCCAAAUAUUUCUGGUUUGAGCCAAAAAGCGACGAUCCGAUAUCGACGGUUAUUUGUGUGAACUGCUGGAACAAAGUGAGCAACUUUCACGAGUUCUACCAGUCUGUGGAGAAAGCGCAUCGCCUGCUCACGGAACGGUUCUCUCUGAAGUCCGAACAGGAUCAGCCGAAAACAGAGGCACCGGAGGAGCAGCUUUUGCUGGAACAGGAAGAGGCAGACGAGGAUGCGGAUGAGGAUGACGAGGAUGACCAGCAUGCGGGGGGACUACCUAGUGACGAUGAGAGCACGGAAUCCUUUAGCAACGAGCAGUUCUUGAACGAAGUUAUCACUCAGCAGGAGGAAGUGAAGGAAACUACCCAGUCAGAGGCUAAGGAAGUGGCUUCUAUAGCUACAGGGGAACGCCGGGAGACCCGAUCCUCCAGCAAAAUUAAAUCUCAAGUCCCGGAAGAACUUCCUCCACCUGCAGUCACCAAAGUUCCAGUUUCCAAAAAAAGAACCAAGAAGAAUUCCAGCAAACCAGAGGCCACCCUCACCAAAAACAAGCGCUAUGUGGACUACAAGCAGUCCAUGCUGGCCAUUGACGCCAAAAUCGCGGCGCACAUGCGGCUAACAUGCGACGUUUGUCACGAGGGACAGGAGACCUUUCUGCUCCUUUGCAAGCACAUGAUGCAGGCGCACCAUCGGAAGGGCUAUGCCGUCUGCUGCAAUAAGAAGUUUUACAAGCGCUCCUUUCUGACGGACCAUAUCGAUCGGCACGCCGAUCCCGAGAAGUUCAAAUGCAAUCAGUGCGACAAGAGGUUCGCGGACAAGCAGUGCCUGAGGAACCACGAGCUGCUGAAGCACCAACCGGAGGAGGAGAAGAUCUUCAUGUGCGAGCAGUGCCCAAAGAGAUAUACCAAACAGUAUUUGCUGGAUCAGCAUCGUGUCAUACACAAGGAGCGCAACGUGGUCUGCGAUAUUUGCGAAAGGAGAUUUCCCAACGAAUCGAUGCUGUGUACGCAUGUGAAACUGGUCCACGGGAACUAUGGCACUAUGUGCGACAUCUGCGCGCAGGUCAUCCGUGGUCGAGCCGCCUUCCAGCGGCAUCAGCUGGAGCACGCCGGCGUGACGGAGCCCAAGGUGCAGUGCGACAUCUGCGGGUCCUGGCACAAGAACAAACACAGUCUAAAGAAGCAUGUGCGCCGCCACAAUGGCACCGCUGCCACCUGCGACCUAUGCGGCAAAGUGUCGCCAAAUCGGAGCGCAAUGUUGAGCCAUCAGCGGUACGUUCACCUCACGGAUCGCAAGCACGAGUGCAGUGUGUGCGGGAAGGGCUUCAAGAAGGGCAUAUCCCUGCGCGAACACAUGACCAUGCACACGGGCGAGGUUCUGUACAAGUGCCCGCACUGCCCAAAGACCUUCAACUCGAAUGCCAACCAGCACACCCACAGACGGAAGUGCCAUCCCAAGGAGUUCGAAGAGGCGCGCCAAGCGCGCUCCGAAAAAAGAAAAGCCCCCGAGGACGAGACUACCAGUAUCCUGACCAUUUCGACGACGGCUGGCGAGGGUGGCGAAACGCAUAGCAUUCUGUUGACCCAAACCGACGAGGACCUCAAGUCGGACAGUAUCGAGUUCACUCUGUGUCUUAGUCCAGAAGCGACAGAUUAAAUAUUAAUAUUGUGUUUGGAUCUGGGAAUUGGAUUUUGAAGAAAGGUGAAGAUUUUGUGGCAUCUAAUGCAAAGUAUGUACAAUGUACAUAAUUCCUUAGAAUUCGAAUAUCAAGCUGACGAAAUUAAUAAAUCGGUUUGUCAAUAGAACUAUUUAUUGUAAAGAUCCUUAAGCUAGCAGAGUUCAACAAAAUAGACGGAUACAUGUAUUUAGUGGAA